AUGAAUUCAUCAGUAGACGUCGAUCUCUUACUUAACCAAUGUGAACAUUAUAUGAACGAAUAUGAUAUUAUGAAAUUAAUAAAAGAUUGUUUGCAUAAAUUAUGUAUUCAUCAACCUGAUAAUCCUGCUCAAUUUCUCAAACAAUACUUUUCCAGUCAGCCAUAUGAUCCGAAUUCUAUGAUGAGCGAAGAAGGUAAUGUUGAAUUUCCUGCUAUGGUGAAAAAACGCCGCGGAGCCGUAUCAUCAAAAUCAUCGUCUGGAACAAGUGGAGCGACUCCUUUCGUACGAGAAAUCGUACAAAAAGAUUAUGCCACAAUGUGCGCAUUGUCUGAAGCGAUUAAAAAAAAUAUUCUAUUCAGUCAUUUAGAUGAGAAUGAACGUGCACAAAUAUUUGAUGCCAUGUUUCCUGAAAUUCAUCUUGCUGGUGAUACAAUUAUUCAACAGGGUGAAAAAGGCGAAAAUUUCUAUAUUAUUGAUAAAGGCGAAGUCGAUGUGUAUGUGAACGAUGAACUUGUUAAGAGUAUUGGUGAAUGCUCGAGUUUUGGUGAACUGGCUCUUAUUUAUGGUACACCACGAGCAGCAACAGUUAAAGCUAAAACUGAUGUUAAACUUUGGUCACUAUUAGGAGAAACUUAUCGAAGAAUACUAAUGGAUUCAACUAUAAAGAAAAGAAAAAUGUAUGAAGAAUUUCUUAGCAAUGUCUCAAUACUACAGACACUUGACGAAUGGGAACGUUUAACAGUAGCAGACUCAUUGGAGCCCAUACAAUUUGAAGAUGGUGAUAUUGUUGUGAGACAAGGAGAUCCUGGCGAUGACUUUUUCAUUAUUGUUGAGGGCAAUGGAAUUGUCUACCAAAAAACAUCUGAAUUGCCUCAAGCCAUUGAAGUGGAUACACUUGGUCCUGGCAAUUAUUUUGGCGAAAUAGCUCUACUAUGUAAUCGACCACGUGUUGCAACUGUUGUUGCUAAAGGUACAUUAAAAUGCGUUAAAAUGGAUCGUGCACGAUUUGAACGUGUUCUUGGUCCUAUACAAGAUAUACUUAAAAGAAAUAUUCCACGAUACAAUUCAGUUAUACGUCUUGAUCAAUUACGGGCGGCUGCUGUGGCUACCAAUAAUAAUCCAACAAAUAAUAAUGGUAAUUGCAAUGACGAAAAAUCCUUCCGUUAA